CAUCGUGCCUAUAUAUAUAUAUAUAUCAGAAAUUCAGAAGCAAAUAACAAACUUCGGAACGAGCAACAGACGCACAGAGCUGAAAUGGAAGAUCUUGGGAGACGUUCCACUCUGUCGUUCUCUUUCAUCCUCUGUUUCUCACUGUGGCUCACGCCUGGAGAAACCUACAACUUUUGGGAUCAAUGCAUUGACGAAUGUCCGGCGAAGUAUUUCACCUCCACGUACAAUGUGCGAUGUUCCGACAGGUGUGAAAAGCGUGGUUCUGACUACUACUGGUGCCAUUCCGAAGAGGGCUGGGACUACUGCUCACCAGGAGAGAACAUUGAUUACAAAGGCAGCUACUGUAGCAAUGCCUGUGGGAAAUAUGGAGAAAACUUCUACAGGUGCUUGUUGUGGGGAGGAUCCUGGAGCAAUUGUGGUCGGGUGGAGCCGAGAGCAAUGAUUUACUACACCAGGUAUCAGAAAGAAUGUGUUGACAGAUGUCAGUACUAUGAGUCAGAUGAUUACUUCUGGUGCCAUGAUGGAGAUGACUGGGAGUACUGCUCACCUCUACAAGACCACACCUACAAGAAUGAGCCGUGUCGCUUCAAUCACCAGUGUGGAAGCCAUGGUGAGAGUUACACCUGGUGCUACACAACAUUCAACAACGACUGGGAUUACUGUGGAGUGAUCAGUCCAGGAGAGUGUGGGUUUUCCCAGACGUCCCGCGCCAAACGACAACCCGGUAAUCCAAAAGUGAUCUGUACCAGGGAAGACAACAACAACAGGAGAGUGACCACUUUCAGAGAAGAAGGAUCUUCUAGUAACAUCGCUCCAACCAACAGAAGGUUACGCAACGAAGCCGUAGACUUAAUCAACCGAUGGGACAACCAGGGCUUGAGUGACCAGUCCAGUUCCGAGUUGAUAACCUCGAGCAAUCUUCGCCUUGACAACCAGGGACUGUGCAACAGGAACAAUCAGCGGUGUUACAACCUGCAAAUCCAGAUCAACGGACCACGUCGUCCUGGACACAGCACCACUGUGGCACAUAUCAUAGUUCCUGUGGACACGUCAGCUGAAUACAUGCGUUUGGCCUUCAGGGAGAGUUUACAGCGUGAGGUCGGUGUGGUGGUGGAAGUCAACGAAGCAUCCACCUCCACAAACAACGACGGAGCAUCCACCUCAAACAACAACCAGAAGUGUUGUAGACGACGUAAAAAUUAACGUCACUCAAACGUGUGUAGCUGAUGAUUGACAGACACACGGUAACUGCCUCAUGUCAGAGGCAGAGUGAGUGAGUGAAGCUCUCAGUUAGCAGAAGUUGUGUCUUAAUCGGUUUUCAAUCAGUCUUUAUCAAUAAUCGCUCAAUACCAGAGAAUGAUUUGUAUCAUUUGUCUUCUUAGUGCUUCCUGCUGAUGAAGUGGUUCUGUUGGCUUCAUCGGGCCGGGACCUCUCGUGCUCACUGCGGUGGUUUGUGUAGUUCUACUGAUUAACACAAGUGUUCUGCAUCAAAACAAAUCAAUGACACAUCUCUGCUUUAGUUUAACGAACAUUUUAUUCUGCAUGUUUUAUUUUGAAACUCACAUUUUGUCCUAUCCGGUGACUUCCCUUCCUGGACCUCCUGUGUGUCCUGUGAUAAACAGGUGAUGUUCUCUCUGCCCCUUCGAUCGCUGCUCGUGAGGCUGCGACACACUUUAAACCAGAUUGUCACCUUUGACCCUCGCAGGCUCAUUCCUGACAUGAACCAUGUUUCACAUCCACGGGAAUUGGCUCAGACAGAAAACAGCAAAAGCCAAUGAGAAGGUUGUGUAGUUUUACAACCGGGCUAAACAAUAAAACUCAGCUUCAGCUCAUGCUACAAACUGUGUCAGCCUAUUCAGCCUCUAAGCCACGCCUCCAUGUUUGUUUCCCUUCUGAGUCUGAUCCCCCCCACUGGGCACAAGGCUGCCUAAAAAAUUAUAAGAUCAUUUCAACUGUCAUUGUGUCAGAAAUCUUUCGUCCCUGAAUUACAAUGUGAAACCAGAACUAACCAGAUGAAACUAUAGAACAAACACACAAAGCUUCAGACGCUCAGUGAGAAAAACAUCUUCAAAGAGUCUCUGACUGAAACGUUGAUCAAUUCACUCCGAUUGGAGUGAGUGGAGGAGUCUUAUAAUGUGUUUCUUUUUGCUUUAGUGCUGAUACUGAGUCUGAUGUUUGUUUUGCUCUGUUAAAUGAAAUAAAGCAGAAACUAUAAUGUGCCUCACAGCUGAUUAUAAACUACCUGUGUGCUUGUUGGAUGAUUUACAGCUGAAUAUCGAGCUCAGGCUGACGGGAAGAGUCGCUCAUCAAAUAUGGAAUUUGUCCUCUGAUCUCUGAUCAGACUCAGAAACGUGGUCAGCAGUGAUGAACCAACAUCCACGACAACCUGCUGAUGUAAUCUAUAUAAUCAAAUCUAUGUUAAAUACAACACUGAUUUUCAUGAUGUUCUCUUUUUCUUAUUAAAGCUUUGCUCAGCAUCCA